AAGGGAUUUACCUCCCCUUCUUAGAUGACGUGUAUUACUCAGAACUAAGUAUUUUCUAUUUCAGUCUGCGCAGUUUCAUCAAGUAGUGAAGCACGGUGGGAAUUGUUUCUACAGGAAUAAAAUCCCGAGAGAAUAAUGGCCGAAAGCAAGCAGAAUCAAGAUGAUGUUCUCACAUGUUCGAUAUGUAUGGAAACAUUCCGGGAACCAGUAAUGCUACCCUGUCAGCACAGUUUUUGUAGAGAAUGCAUUAAUUUGUAUGUUGACAAGUCCAAACCUGUACAGACAGAUAAGACCUCCGGAGACACUGGGAAUGAGGACGUUCAUCAGCAGAUAGCAUGCCCUGUGUGUCGGGCACCGACCAGUCUGGGGAGAGAAGGUGUAGCUGGUCUGCCUCCCAACUUUCACCUGGCGGAAAUUGUGGAGAAGUUGUCUGCUGUAAAGGUUGAGGAUGACAUUCCAUAUUGUUCUAUGUGUGAGGACAAUCAUGCUAAAGCUGUCAAGUUUUGUACCAACUGCGAUGUGUUGUACUGUCAGGAAUGUCUUACAAAUUACCAUCCAACGAGGGGGCCUCUAAAGCGGCAUCAACUGAUUUCCUCCCUGGAAUACCUCGCCCAGGAAAUCUCACAGGGUCAAGUUAGCAGGGACCACCAAUCAACUCAGCAGCCGUCCUGUGCUAGGCACGGUCAGCCAUUCGGCUUGUACUGUGUACCGUGUGGGAUGAUGAUCUGUAUGGGGUGUGUGGUUGACCACCCGGAACAUGCUGUGCGGGAUAUACCAUCUGCAGCUGAGAAGAACAAGCUAGCUGUUUUGAACAAGACUAGCGAACUGGAGAAAGUCUUACAAGAAACUAAAGAAUCACUGUCAGGAGUUACGAGGCUGCACAAUAAGAUACAGGAAAACCAGGAACUUCAAACUCAGGAGGUAGAAAAGGCUUAUUGUGCAGCCUUGGAAUCUUUACAAGCCUGGAGACAGCACUCCAUAGAUGGCAUAAAAACCCGCUGUUCACACUGGAGUGUGGAGUGUAGUGCUAUACUCAAACAUAUUCAGCUGCAGACCCAGGAAAUGGAGAGGAUGGUACAAGCUUCCAAAGAUUUCUUAGCGUCAAUGGACGUCGAGAUAUUACAGGGCUCCACGCACUUCACCAAAACAAUUGAUGCCCAGCUGAAUGAGAUAAAAGCAGAUCUGGAGGAACAUGAGGUCAGCAAACAGAAGCUUCUAGAUUUUGUACAGCGUGACCUUGUUGUCCCUAGACACGUGACAGUAAAAGAGACAGUGGAAGAAAGUCAGGAUUUAGAAGCAGCAGUCAGUGGACAAAUGUCACGCCCACGUGUUACAAAGCCGACGCUGAGAUUCACAGAGACAAACGACAGUGAGCUGAGAAUUACUGACAGCGGCUGUGUGGUAAAGGGUAAGGGCUCGUCCUGGUGGAGGAGAGCUGUGACAGACGGGCGUUACCAGACGGGCAGGUACUACUGGGAGAUACACAUCACCCUUUCACAUGGCUGUUACUGUACCUGUCAUGUAGGAGUGACACAGGAGAGCUGUGGUGUGAGUGAGGUGACAAAACCUGGCCGUAACUCCUGGUACAUUGAGAUGGCGUACCGUGGUGAUGAGGUCUGGUGUUAUAGUGACUGUGCUGGUGGUGAGGUCAAACCUGGCUAUCAACAGUACAGACCUUACACACGACCUCAUCACCUGGGUGUGUACCUGGACUGUGAUGAACACACACUGACAGUCCUGGACUGUGACAACAACCAGGUAAUGUACACUAACAGUGGUGUUAUCGUCACAAAGCCUCUCGUGCCAUCGGUUGAGUUUUUUGUCAGGUCUGGAUCUGGAUCUGCUCGUCUGGUAACGGGUGACUCUGUGACUCUGCCUCCAGUUCUCUGUGAUAUGAUAAGCACUUCCUGACCAUCGGGCAUUUAUUCAUUACAUCUUUUCCAUAGUAUUACAGUUUGUUGAAAUAGACUGAACUGUAUGUCUCUUUGAACAAGUUUUUGCGAAUAGAUGUUUUAAUUAAUGUCAGCAGUGUGGCUAAUUCAGUAUGUAUAGCUUCUUCUGCAAAGUGGUCAUUGAUCUGUCACAAGUUUACAGCUUGAUGUAGUUAUACACAGUCUGUCUGACUUGUCCUGAACAUCAAUGUCAUGUUUCCUUCCAGGCAAAAUACAUGUAGAUAAUGACUGGGUAGUUUUAUUUUUAGUAAUGGUGACUUGUAAAUCAGCAUAAUCAGGAAUGUCACUGACCAAAACAGGUCACAGUUUGUACAUGACAGUACAUAAUAUACUCAACAUGACACAUGUAGUAAUUCUUGUUGUGUUCUGUAACUUUAGUUCCUAAGGAAAAAAAACUAAAUUAGAAAAAUAUACCUUACCCUUUUAGGUUAGACAAGAGCAUUGAUUUUCCUUAAUAAUUAUGUAAUAAAUCAUCAACCUCAAAAAUAUAUAUACCCUAACUUUCGCGUGGCACUAUGGCACUAUGCCAUACCUCUACAUGCAUCUUACACCUUUGGCUACAACAUUCUCAGCUACCUUUUUUUUUUUUUUUUAGCUGUAGUGGCAGAAAGUGAAGUCAUAACAUUUUCUUACCUUGGUAACCUCUAGAGAGGUGGGUAAUACCAAUGGAGCAAAAGUUUUCAGUUCUAUCCAAAACAAAUAAAAUUCUGAUGUAUUUUAUUUAGACUUGUUAGAUGCACAGUAGCAUAGCAGAAAUUUAUAGUGUAUGAACAACUUUAGUGCCUCUGUGUCAGUUUUAUCCUAUCAGUCAGACUUCAGUUUGGAGGCAAAUCUUGGACCCAAUUUCCUGAAUUGCGCAUGUGUAACAAAGAGGACAAAGUUUUACAAUUUUUUGUUAGUAAUAUCUUCAUAUGAAUUUGGCAUUAAAAGCAAAAUCUUACAUGGCUAAUGGCAAAAAUCAAAUUUUAGGGCUAGUGAUCCACCUGAGUUGUUACUCUACACGUUAGUGUCCGGGAUAAGAUGUUUUGUGGAGAACGGGGUUUAAAUUUCUUUUCUGUCAAAAAAGAAAAUCUGCAGAAAUGAACAUUUACUUUGUAUUUCCUUAAAAUGCAACACCUGUUGUCUUUAGUUGCUAUUUAAUUUUACCAGUUCUCCACAUCUGCACAGAAGUUAGGUAAGAAUUGCUUGGCCUAUCUCCACUUGUACCUGUAGGAAGGAAUUAAAAAAAAAAAAAUUAAACAAAAUUUUUAUUAUUAUUGUUACACAGACAGCACAUUUAAUCAAAUUUUAUCAAAGAUAAGAAGCAGAUCAACUUUUAGACCUAUUUUGAAACACAACGUUAACAUAUUUAUUGUUGUAAAAUCACUUUGCACAUAACAAAAUUGCCAUACAUAAUUGUGCCUUGCUAUAUUAAGUGUCAUACAUGUUUGUAGGUGUUUCAGAAUAUGUGAUAAAAAUAACUUGCUACAUCUAUAGCCAUCCUGAAACAGUUCUGGUCAGAUGAAUGCCAUUUUACACUCACCUGUGUAAAUGAAAUUUGGAACUACAAGCCUUAUAAGUGUGCGGGGGAAAUUUUGCAUAAAUAGCAGGAUGAGGGGUAGACAGGGUUGGGGUUGUAAUGGUUGGGGAUAACCCAUGGUAAAAAGUAGUCCAGUUAAGUUAAGACACUCACAACUUGACCUGAAAUUUGUUCUCUUAUAUUGCAUACAUGUACACCCUGACAUUAUCUGUAUGUAAGAUACUCACGGCCAGCUUGUAAUGGCACAUAUCACUAUGUGUGCUCUACAGAAUAGGUAGAUAGUUCCAGUUAAGUUUAACGUCAAAGACGACCAUUCGUCUCCAAGUUGAUGUGCAGCUCAUGUAUCCAACCGCAUAAUAUGUUGCCUUGUGUAACUUUGCCAGGCUGUUUUUGCUCCAAAAUCCCCAUACAUGUAUGUUCAAACAAACAACAAUGUGUCCAUCUAAAAUGAGCUGGAAAAUCAUCUUUGAUUUCUGAACUUAGCAAAUGUAAAAGUCUGGCUUUGAGUAAUUCUAGACCAGUGACGUAUAAUAAAUUGCAAUUAACAUCACUGCAUUUUUUUACCUAAUUUUGCAUACGCCAUGAUGCUAGGAGAUGUUUAAAUUGCUGCUGUUUAUGCAUUUACAUGAAGAGUUAGAAUAAAACCCUGACUGAGGUAAAUUGACAAGAGGCCGUAUUUCGCCGGUUGCGUGUGACCAUUUGCCAGCAAUCUCUGGUGACUGCUCUGAUUUUACUCUCUAUGCUGCCCGUCUUUAAUUAUAUUCUACCUGAUUUACUUUAAGGAGCGGCGUCAUCACUAGUACUGUAGUUAUGACAACCUGUGGUCAAGAUCAUGAGGACAUCUAUUAUAGAGCAUUGCACCGUUACAUCUGCUUGCUGUUAUUUUUAUGUCAGUUGUAUUUGUAUUCAUCUACAUGUAUGAUUCAGUGAUAUUUUGCCAUUGUCCUUUGUGUUCCAACUUUUGAUUUUUUUU